CAGUAAACAUCUCAGUCGACAGUAACUAAAAGGGUUAGUCACCCUUGGUUUUCCAUCAGCACCCGAGUUUCAGCUGCAAGUAGAGAGAGGUGAAUCGUGUGGCAUGAAGGGCUGAUUAUUUCUUCGGAGGGGUCUGGUUCCAAAAUACACCAUUCACAGGUACUUGUUACCAAUCCGGAGCUAGCUUUACGGUCAUGUGACGAAACGGAAUGCAAACUCUUUUGUCUACGGCUCGGCUGGUGUCCCUUGAAAAAAAUCUGACCCAGAAAUGUGGAAAUUUUCCCCAAAAUGGAGUACACAGGCCCGAUGAGAACUUCACAGGUGGUGUUCAAGUCUGUGAAGAGCACAAGGACGCUUGACGCGGGAGGACUUGAUCUCCAAGAGUGAUCCCAGCAGGACUCUGAUACUUGAAAGGUGUAAAGUUGUCCCCCUCGCCUGAGCCAUGCACGCACCCAGGCGGAGAAAAAAGCGUCCCGCCGCCAACCUCAAGUCGGUAGAAGUGUCCCGGGGCAGGGGAGGGUACGGCUUCACCCUCUCGGGACAGGUACCAUGCAUGUUGAGCUGCAUCGUCUCGGGCAGUCCGGCCGAGCGGGCCGGACUCCGUCCCGGGGACUACGUGAUGGCAGUCAACGGGGAGAAUGUUGCCAAGCUCCCGCACGAGAUCGUGGUGAGGAUGAUCGGCGGCUGUAAGGGCAUCCUACGACUGAGUAUCGCACAGAGACACGGGGACGACUCCGAGAGCUCUGAGGACGAAUGGUUCGCGACCCGACCGGGUAGACCUGGGAGGGACAGGUCAGCUGGCAGGUAUCCAAAUGUAAGCCGAGCAGAGAAAGUUGUUGAGGACAUUGUGUCUGGUGCACUCUUCGCCUCCAGCCCUCAGACUCAGCAACUCCUGUCUCCUCUUGCCCCUGUCACACACUUUACCUCAGAAAUACCUGAAGAAGUCAACAGGUCAAAUGGACAGGACCCUCCUCCAGCGGUGCGACCUAAAGCGCCCAGGGUACAUCCGUCCGGCAUGGCGUCAGAUUCUUCCAACUAUGACGGGUGUAACGACUCUUCCAGGGACCAGCAUCUACGGAGAUCCCGUAGUCAGCCAUCAAUGAACGAACGGGAAGAUAAGGGGAGAACAGACCAAGAGGGAGAGGCUUGGAACCCUGCAAUGUCUCCUGAUCUGAGACCAGAAGAGGUGGCAUGUAUAGAGGCUGACCAGGAACACUGCUUCCUAAGGGUCAUAGUAGGGUACCUUGGCUCUAUAGAGAUGCCAAGAGAAGGGAACUCGGCUACUGUGAGUAUGCAGAACAUCCGCAGCUGUGUACGGAGGUUGAGAAUGGAACAGAGAAUACAUACCCUGGUCCUGAUGGAAGUGAGAGAAGGGAGUGUAAGACUACGGAAUAACAAUGGUGAAACUAUUGCCAUAUACCCAGUGGAAAGACUAGCAUUCAGUGGCGUCUUCCCAGAUGAUAAGAGGUUCUUUGGUCUUGUCACGACGAGGGGUCUGGAUGAGGAGAGCUGCUAUGCAGGAAGUGAGGACGAACGGUCGCUAAAUGUUGGUACAUCUUGCCACGUCUUCAUGGUAGACCCUGAGAUAAGUGCACACAACAUUCAUGCUCAGAGAGCGCAGGAAUUCUCUAUAACGUGCACUACAAACCCAGAAACAGGAGGGUGUGAGGAGUUCCCACGUUCAGCGCGUCCUCUCCUACGUACAGUGGGACUGCUGUAUGGGGAGAGAGGUAACGAUGAGGGCACGUUGACACGCGAGAUUGAAAUGGCCCGAUGGCAAGCCUUCCCAGACCAAGAUGCCUUCCACGCGCCGCCAAGGCGGAGUAAUAGCAAUAGCAGCAACAGUGACAGUGGGAUUGGUUACUGGAAAGAGGAGGGAUACAGAGUGAACAAUGACAGUGUGUAUGUUGUUGAUCUCAGCAGCGAUGAGUAUGGCAUGAUGCAGGUCAGGAGACCAAAUGCUCAGCAACAGAACAGGCAGCCAGUUAGAGGUGCGGAGGGUCCCCAAAACCGGGGGACAGAAAAUUCCCCGACGUCCAAUGGAUUGGCAAACGGAAAACAUUCCAAACUGUCCCCACGCGUGAGGACGGAUAUCCCACCACAUUUGAACUUGUCACAGAGACGAGGCCACCAAGGGCAGGCCAGCUUCCAGAACAGGACUAGCCCGUCCCAGAACAGUCACGGCCCUGCCAGACACCCGUCGGCACACCAGAGCAGACCCCGCAUCCCCCCCUCCCCGUCUCCGCACGUGGAGAUGUGGGACCAGCUGGUGCAGCAGCAGGUUGGGAGGAUGAGAGACGCACGUGCGUACAACUACAGCUCCAGCGACUCCAACUCACCGAUCAAAGACCGCCCUCCACCUAUCCCACCCAGGAGAGGUCCAUCUGCACGACCACAGGGCAGCAACAGCAAUAGACAAAAGGGUGCUCCGUCCUCAGGAAAGGCAGCCCAGCCACCACGGAUGCAGAACUCACAACAGACACAGUCUCACGAGUCUCUUGCAGUCUCCGAUGGAGAAGUGGCGCGUCCCCACGGUGCGUCGGGAAAGCUGCACCCCAGCAGCAGUGUCAGCAGCCUGGCCAGUAACACCAGCACACACAGCGUUCCUGAGGCACAUGUAGCAGGGGCGGCCAGCGCCACCGCCACCGGACGUGUGGCCAGCUGGGCAGUCAGCUUUGACCGCUUGUUACACGACCCUGCAGGGCUGGCAUGCUUUACUGAAUUCCUGAAACAAGAAUACAGCGAGGAAAACAUCGUAUUCUGGACUGAAUGUGAGAAAUUCAAAGCAAUCACAGAUCAGCAAGAGAUGGUGACCCAGGCACAGGUGAUCUACAGCACACACAUGUCCAGUAAGGCGUCCAUGCCGGUGAACAUCGACAGCCAGGCCAGGCAGAUGGUGGACGAGAUGCUGGGCUCUCCCGCACACGACAUGUUCAACCUCGCACAGCAGCAGAUAUUCCAGUUGAUGAAAUUCGAUAGCUACUCCCGCUUCCUAAAGUCACCUUUGUACCAAGACUGCAUGUUGUGUGAUGUGGAGGGACGACCUUUGCCCUAUGACCUGGCGUCCAACAGUGGGUCAGACGCUGAUGAUACAGCGAGCAAGUCCAGCAAGGAGAGCCGAGGCCAGAAGUUAUGGAGGAAGGUGCGUGAAAAUGCUGUUGAUCUGACUGGGGAUGGCACUGAGAAGAAACGCAGGUCUUUACUACCGUGGGCAAGAGGUAAGCACUCUAAGAGAAACAUGAAGUUCCAACCUGAUGUGGACAGGAGAAGCAGUAAAGGUGGAUCAUCAGGUUCUGUACAGGUCCUAGACGGACACCUGAGUGACAACAGUAGCAGCCGUCGCAGCUCCCUCGCAAGUACAGACUUAGAUGUCCUGCACCAGAAGGCCAUGUCUGCUGAGUCCUUGGAGACUUCCCAGUUGAACGAGAGUGCAGUAGCGGAUCCCCGGCAGUCUUACAAGUUCUGCCGAGUCCUGUUGCCUGAUGGAUCCUCCACCGUCAUCUACGCCAAGCCAGGACAGACAAUACGGAGUGCCCUCAGCAAGCUGUGUGAGCGGCGUCAGCUGCCCAUGGCAGCAGUGGAGGUUUACCACUUGGCAGACGACAAACCGGUUGAUCUGGAACAGGACGUGUCUGUCUUGGGAUCUAAGGAGAUCAGGGUGGAACAAAGGGUGCUGUUCAAGUUGGACCUGCCCUCCCUUGGCAAGUUCUCUCUCCGUGUGAAGGUAAAACCAACCAAACCUGUGGCUGAGGUGAUGAGGACGGUCCUCAACAAGUACAGCCUCAGGCUGGAGGAGGCCAUCAUCAGACUGGAUGGAAAUGCCCUUCCCCUUGACCUUGGCAUCCCCGCUGCUACGCUGGAGAACCAGAAGGUGAUUGUGGAGCCCACCAGUCAUGUUGCAGGGACAAAGUACUCUGUACCAGGGAAACUCCCACUGCAGGCAGACACCAGACAUCUGGAGCCAGACAGGACAUCCAGUUCGUACAGCUUAGUCAGAAGAAACACAACGGGUACCGAGGAAAUCACCAGGAAAAGUAAAGACGGGGGAAAUUCCACUUCCAAUGGUCAGAGCUCGGACAGACUUCCCAGGAAGACACGGCCAGUGCAAGGGUCGGACACGGAAGGUAAAGGAGACCUGUUUAUGAUGCUAUCUCGUGCCAGCCGCAGUAGGAUGGAAGACCAGCGGGGGGCCUCUCUUUCCAACUUGGAACUUCCGGAUUUCCUCAAGCCAAAGAAAAGUGGCCAAGACUCCACCAGCAUUGGGACCAACAAAAGCAACCCUUCCUCCGCCGACUCCCACCGUAAGUCCUCCAUGUUUAAGGACAUGUACGAGGUGCCUGAGUUCCUGAGGGAAGGUCUGAACAGCACCAACCAGAGCUUCUCUGGUGUUUAUCCGUCACAAGUACAGGCCGACCACUACUUCAAGGGGCACAACGCUGACGACUCCUUCUUGCCAAACCAUUCGUACAUGGAUGAGUCAGGAAACAUGUCCAUGUUCAACGACUCGGCCUACAUCACCAUUUCUCCAGAGAAACAGAGGAAACCUCGCCCCAAAUCUGCCACCCCCAACCUGUCCUUCAGCACAUUCCGCCCGGACUCCAGCCCCGUCAACGUUCGCGCUGCGCACGCUGCCUACACGCAGCUGACCAAGUCUCACAGCGAGGACUCCAUUCUCAACACCACCGUCGUGGAAAACACACUGGACCUGUCAGGAGACGGGCGGCAUGGGCUGGCGCGAGCGUACGGAACCACAGAUCUAGAUAGAACGUUAGUGGAGGAUGAAGCUCUGCAGGACAGACCGUCCGUAGACGGAGUACCUCCCAGUUACACCAAUGCUAACUCAGUGCCAAAACCGGGGGUUGCUUACUCGCCAAAUUCAGACUCCACCGAUAUAGAGCCACACAACUGUAGUGCUGGAUCGGAAUCCUUGCCCCCCUCCCCCAUGUUGCCCUCCCCAACAACCCACGAGCUCCUCACCACUCCAACACCCAGGCAGAAUGCUAAUUUACACAAUACCAGCAAUAACAGCAUCGAUGGCAGCGUCAGUGCACUGCAAAGUAGAACUCGAGCCGGUAUCUGUGUGUCUGACAAAACAGCAAGAAGAACUGUGGUCUCCACAACACAGGACGGGGACAAAUUACGUGUGACAUUCGUAUGAUUCCUGCUGGAGAAAUAUCUAGUUUAUUACUGUGAGUUAGUAGUGAGCAUGCAUCGAGACUUGCCCCAACAGAUUAUAGCUAUAGCUAAAGGUGCCUACGUGAAACAUGGAUAAUAUUAGUGUGCUACCUUUUAUGGAAAUAUUUAACCAUGAAAAGUGCCAUGGUCUGAGUCUUGCCAGUAAGCCAUGUUGUAAACCGGUCCAUCGGCCUGUUGGUACAUUGUUCAUCCAAGAAUUCUAGAUUUGAAUUUUAGUUUUCUUUUGUUUUAAAUCAGUGUAGUACCAGGUGAGAUUUUAUGAACACUUGACAGGGAGAUUCACAGAUACCUUUUUAAUAGUGCAUUGUGCAAAGUGAUGGCACAAAGUAAUUUCAAUCAAAAUGCAACCAAUAGACAAUUGCAACAUUCUUUGUUCAUUUUUGGUGUUAAAAAGUUUACUUCUACAACCUAUAAUAAUUAUUAUUGUAGCAUGCAUUGCUUUCAAACAUCCUAUCUAUAGGAUGAUAAUGACAUGUACAUGACAGUACUUUUCACAUUUACAUGUAUUUGCAUUGCCAGCUUUAACAUGUCUAUUUGCAACAUUGUAUUCCUUGGAACACAUUUACUGGGCUGAGUUAAAAACAAUUCACUAGGUAUGUUCAAAGUGAGCUGUGUACAGAAUUGUCAGCAUUUCUGUUGAUCCUUGACGAUGUGUAAAAAUUCCCUUCCAAAAAGUUAGUCAAAAAUGUAGUGCCUUGUUCUGAAUUAGAUACAAGAAUUGUCCAUAUCUACAAGGUAUAGCAGUACUAGAUCUGCCACUGUGUUCAGGAAAAACUUAUGAAAACUGUGUACUACAUGUAAGCUAGAAUAGAAAUAAUACAGUUAGAAUACUGGAAAUACUGUGCAAGAUGCAGCUCUGUGGUUCAUGUAGUAUUGUUGUCAUUGUACAAAUGUAUUACUAGUGAUGUUUCAAUGCUGCCCAAAUGUAGCUAUAAUUGUACAAACUGUACAUGUACAAAUUCAAGUAGUGUUCUAAGACUUGGGAAGUUUUUUUCUGGCAUAUGCUGGCUCUUGCUGGGUAAAUGUUGGUACAUGUAUACCAGUAUCUUAUGCCAUUGCCAUUACUACUAGCAUUUUACUGGGAUGUUGUUUCAGUGUGAUUUUUAUAUCAUCAUGUUACACAUAACAGGCAUUUGCACAGGAAGAAAAGCAAUAUUGGAGUUAUUUCCUGAACAGUGAUUUUUCAGGUCUUGCCCAUCCGUAUCUGUGUAGGAGUACUCCUAGACAAUGUUUUAACAACUACUGGUUUUAACAUAUGUUUGAUUGCCUACCAGUUAUCUUGUAGUCUUUUAUUGAUUAGUGUUUUAAUGUUUGUCUACAGUUUGGCAGAAGAAAGAUUUCUUAGCUUGAUAAAGCGCUGUAGUUUUGAAUUGCUGUACAUUCUUCAUUAUGUAGAGCAAUACUUUUAUGUCAGCCAAGAUAUUUUUAAUUUACGUCAUACUUGGAAAUGUACAUUUCUUGUGUAUAAUGAUAUAUAUGUAUAAAGUAUGGUAUGUACAUUUUCGUAAGUAUGAAUGUGACUAGGUAUAACCUGUACAUUUUGUAACCAAAAAAGACACUUUGUAGAGUAUACUAAAUUAUAAAA